GUGAUUCACCAAAUGACCAAAAAAGCCCUGAAGAGGGGCCUAAGAAGAAAAGAGAGAAAAAGUCUGAAGCCCUGAACAUCAGAGGUGUUCUUUUGCAUGUUAUGGGAGAUGCACUUGGAUCUGUGGUCGUGGUAGUUGCUGCUACAAUCUUCUAUGUGCUUCCUCUGGGGAAUGCUCCAUGUAAUUGGCAGUGUUACAUUGAUCCAAGCCUGACAGUAAUUAUGGUGUUCAUCAUCUUGUCUUCUGCGUUCCCGCUUAUCAAGGAGACCUCAAUUAUUUUGUUGCAGAUGGUUCCCAAAGGUGUUAAUAUGCAACUACUGACUGACAGACUGGCUUGUGUACCAGGGGUUAGCAGCCUUCAUGAGGUGCAUGUUUGGGAGCUUGCAGGUGGGAAGAAUAUUGCUACUCUUCAUAUCAAGUGCCAAACCCCUACUGAUUACCAAGAUGCUGCUUAUAAAAUACGGAAGGUUUUCCAUGAAGCAGGGAUCCAUUCUGUGACCAUCCAGCCUGAAUACACUGACCACAAGACCACCCAGCUACUGUGCAGCUCACCCUGCAUCUCAAAAGCUUGUGACUCUCAGCUGUGCUGCAGUCAGCGGGACUCCCCCCUGGCUAAAACUAAUGGCUAUACUGAGAAAAAUGAUAGUUGCCUUCCUGCACUGCAUAAAGACAAUGGCUCAAGUAAAAAUGAUAUUGAAAUCCCUAUCGAGUCCCCAUUGGCAGAGGAUAGUGUUAAAAAUGUGAAAAAUUGUGGCGUGUCUAAACAAUCACAGUUGAGCAGUACGCGGCUUUAG